AGGAUGUGUAUUCCACGGUCGCAUGCUGUAUAUAAAACCUGGAAUACUUCAAUCAUGCAGAUCGCUCUUCUUAUACAUCAAAUCUCCGUCCAGAAUCACACGGAACACCCCCUCGUCUACUCCCUGUAACUCAUAUACUUCCACCAAUCCAUCGUACCCCUCCCGAUCGUGAAAUUCUUCCGGCUAAAUACCUUGGUGAAAUUAUCCCGACCUGGUGUUUCCAGUUGACAGCCAUGUCCAAUUGUCCACCACUCAUGCCUCUACAGAUGCCGUGGGGGAGGACGUGAUCGACCAUGUCAAGCACCCUGAAGGAGGCAUAAAUUCGGGUCUUCCCCACGGCAUUCAGAUCAAAGACAAACCAAACCGUCAUUCUUUUAUCAUUAUCCAUAUACAUUCAUUCUUUUAAACAUGAAGUGGCUUUUUCUCGCCCUCACCGGACUGGCUUCCGGUGCCGCCAUGACCCGUCGCGGCCUCCUGAAUGGAGCCACCCUGACCCGUCGGGCGGAUUCCUGCGGUCAGUGGGACACCAUCGAGAAAGGUGACUUUACCGUGUACAACAACCUCUGGGGACAGGACAACGCCGAUAGCGGCGAGCAGUGCACGGGCCUCGAUGGCCAGAAUGGCACCACCUUGGCCUGGCACACCAGUUGGAGCUGGACCGGCGGCGAGGGUCAGGUCAAGAGCUUCGCCAACGCGGCCUACAAGUUCGAGCCGAAGCAGUUGAGCGAGGUGACCAAGAUCCCGACGACCUGGAAGUGGUCAUACAAAGGAUCAGACCUGGUAUGCAACGUCGCGUACGAUCUGUUCCUCUCCUCAACCGCCGAUGGAGAUGCCGAGUAUGAGAUCAUGAUCUGGCUGGGCGCCCUGGGCGGGGCUGGUCCCAUCUCGUCGACGGGCUCGCCCAUCGCGACCCCGACGAUUGCCGGCCACCAGUGGCAGUUGUUCUCGGGGCCCAACGGCGAGAUGCAGGUCUUCAGCUUCGUGGCGCCGUCGUCGACCGAGAACUUCUCGACCGAUCUGACGCAAUUCCUCACCUACCUGCAAGAGAACCAGGACCUGGCGGCGAGUCAGUACCUGACCGAUGUGCAGGCGGGAACCGAGCCCUUCAGUGGUCAAGACGCGCAGUUGACCGUCAGCUCAUACUCGGUGACGGUGGCCUAGGCGGCAACAUUCCACACGAGACGCGGGCGUCGGUAUUAGACGCCAACAUUGGGGGUAGAGUGGCGAGGGGGGCGACACGAUGGAUGGAUGAGAAUUGAACUGGGAAUUACGCGCCGUGUUUCACCCCCGGUCUGGGGGGGGUACACCCUUGUAUAUAGUACCUUGAAUGUCAUGGAGCGCGUCGACCAGCUCAUAG